UGGGAAGAAGCUGUUUCAAGUUUGAAGGAAGGAAGGAAGACAAAUCCUUUUACCAUCUAACAGUCAACAGCUUCAAAUUCUAAAGUGUAAAGACUAAACUGGAAGCUCUUUCAUCCAAACAUCCCUCUCUAUUGUUUUCCACAACUUUCCAUUCCAAUUAAACAGACUGUGCUAACAAUAACUUCAAUUAUGUUCAAUUUCUCUUCCUAAACCCCAAAGCUUCUCAAACAAGUAGAAGGAAAUAAAACCCCAUACCGGAAUUCCCCACAUGUCAUCUUCAUCCGAACCAACAACGCCAGAUACUGACCCUCACGCGCCACUCCUCCGUCCCCUGCAGCCUGAUGACUCGUCAGCUCGCGCCGACCCGCUGGCGAUUUUGUUGGGUAGGGUCACGGGACGUCGUGGCGCGUCCAUGCUGGUGAGGGAGACGGCAGCGCGUGAGCUGGAGGAGCGGCGGGCGGAUUGGGGAUACUCGAAGCCGGUUGUGGCUUUGGAUAUGUUGUGGAACACGGCGUUUGUGGUGGUGUCGGUGGUGAUGUUGAUCUGCACGGUGGAUGAGAGGCCUAAUACUCCUCUUAGACUGUGGAUAUGCGGGUAUGCUUUGCAGUGCUUGGUGCAUGUUGUUUUGGUUUGGUUGGAGUACAGGAGGAGGAACAGUAGAAGAACAUCAUUUGCUAGGGAUGAGGAGAGAGGAGAUGCUGCUGGAGAUGCUAAUGAUAGCGAGGAUGAGGAGAGAGGAGAUGCUGCUGGAGAUGCUAAUGAUAGCGAAGAUGAAUUAGAUGGGAUUGAAAGGAGCCCUUUUGAUUCAAAUCAAUCAAGUGCAACCAAACGAUGUGAAUCAGUUAAUACCAUGGCAUUGUUUAUUUGGUGGAUAGUGGGCUUCUAUUGGGUGGUUUCUGGUGGUGACAUCCUUCUGCAAAGUGCACCACGUUUAUACUGGUUGGCUGUGGUUUUUCUGGCAUUUGACGUGUUCUUUGCGAUCUUUUGUGUUGUUUUGGCGUGUUUGAUUGGGAUUGCUUUGUGUUGCUGCUUACCGUGCAUCAUUGCAAUUCUUUAUGCUGUUGCAGGACAGGAAGGUGCAUCAGAAGCAGAUCUCGGUAUCCUUCCGAAAUAUAAAUAUCAAAUUAUAAACGUUGGUGAGAAGCCUUGUGUAGCAGGAAAAAUGAUUCCCAUAGAAACAAGCAGUGGAUAUUUGGCAAACGAGUGCAUACUCUUACCCGAGGAUGCAGAAUGUUGUAUAUGUCUAAGCUCAUAUGAAGAUGGGGUGGACCUCCAUGCUCUCCCAUGCAACCACCAUUUUCAUUCAACGUGCAUCGUGAAAUGGCUGAAGAUGAACGCAACAUGCCCUCUUUGCAAGUACAAUAUUUUGAAGGGAGCCGAACAAGUAUGAAAGAGAAAAUAGAGACUCUCGAGUCCCGUCUGUCGGAACCCGAUUCAGUUCUUUGGCCUCUCCGAAGUUGUUCAUCAUUCUCUUCAUGAAAGAAUGGAUUGAUUUUCAUGCUUCAAAUUUUGUCCGUUGUACUUUGCUUCAUUAUUGGUAUAAUGAAAAUUU